UGUUUUAAAAUGCAAAAAAAAAAACCAAAAAAUUUCAAAUUUAAUUAAAAAACAAAAAAACAAAAAAAUUAUAUCUAUUUUGAUCAGUAAAGUAAAUAAUAAAUGAGAUAAAUAUUUUAAGUACUAAUCUUACUUUUUGUUUGCAACUUAACUUUAUAAGAAAGUAUAUAAAGUCAAUUGUCAACUUGUAUAACGAAUAACUGUAAUGGAGAUGUUAAUUGUUUUGAAGGGAUAAUCAGUAUGGUAGGUUGCUACGAAGAUAAAUGCAGUACUUCAAGUUCUUCAGAUAUAAACUAAGCGGUUGCAUGUAUAAAAUAAAAUACAUAAUGCACUCAAAACUAACCACAAAGCACUGUUAAUGCAUUAGAGACUUGUGCAGAAUAACUUUUAGCAAAUAAUUCUCUCUCUUAAUUGCAAUCAGCCGCAUAAGGAAGUACUACUGGAUCAAAUAUCAUUUAUUUUGUCUUUGGACUAUUAAUGAUAACAUUAUGA